AGGUCGGAAGCGCCUCUGCUUGUGUUGUGACCUGAAAGAGUUUCUCACAUGUCAAACACAACUUCUAAGUUCACGCGUGUCCUGCUUUGGAUCACACUCUGAUAAGCUGCCGCUGUGUCGUGGACAUUAGUGAGGAUAAUGUCGGAUUCCGUAAAGAACGUGGCGAUAUUCGGCUCCACGGGGAUGACCGGACUGGCGACCCUGCCGCUGGCGGUGGCCGCAGGAUAUAACGUGACGGUCCUCGUGCGCGACCCCGCCAAGCUGCCCGCCGACCACAAGGCGGCCAGAGUGGUGGUGGGAGACGUGUUGAAUAAAGACGAUGUGAAGAAGACUCUGGAGGGUCAGGAUGCUGUCAUCAUCAUCCUGGGCACCAGGAACGACCUCAGCCCGACCACCAUAAUGUCUGAAGGCACCAGGAACAUCGUGGACGUCAUGAAGGUGCGAGGGAUCAGCAAAGUGAUCGGCUGCAUGUCGGCCUUCCUUCUUUGGGAUCGCUCCAAAGUCCCGCCCCGCCUGGUUCCUGUGACGGAGGACCACGACAGGAUGUACACCGUGCUGAAAACGUCGGGGUUGGACUACGUGGCUUGCAUGCCUCCUCACAUCGGCGGUGACCUCCCCCUGACGGAGAGCUACAUGGCGGCGGAGAACAUGCUCAGAGGACGGGCCAUCUCCAAACACGAUCUGGGACAUUUCUUUGUCAAGUGUCUGUCCAACUCUGAGUGGGACGGCAAGACCGUGGGGGUUUGGGGGGAGUACAAGUAGUCCUGACCAGCCGGACAGGAGUCCAGGUGCCAGUCUGAAUGUCCACAAAGAAAAUAAAGCUCUGAGAAGUAAAUGAACAAUAUAAUUUUUUGCCUAGAUUUUAAGUAAGAUUGUUAUUUUUAAUUAAUAAAAACUAUAAAACACC